AGUUCCUACAAGUAGAAGACGAAAAUGUCUUGGAGAGCUCUAAUUGUCAAAUUUGAAGCAAAAGUCUCGAUCACACAACGCGAUAUGUUGCAAAUUUUCGUUGCUGCUGCAUUUUCCAGGAAGGCGUUCCUCUCUACAAAUAGGAAAAAAGUGCCAUACAUAGAUAGUACUACAAUGGUACCUAUGUAAGUUUCUUCCAUUCCAUUAAAGACAAAUUGAGAUAGUUUGAAGCGACCAAAAAAAAAAAAAAAUCCUGUGAGAAACAUGGCUGAAAAAUACCAGCAGCAGCAGCAGGUGUACCCACUGGCACCAUCUACUAUUGUGCCCAGGAGUGAUGCUCAAGAAUCAGGUACCUAUGAAUCCAUGGAGCUCAGGAAGAAGAAAAGAAUGAAAAGGUUAGCAUAUAUCGCUGCGUUUGCUGUAUUUCAGACAAUAAUCAUCCUUGUUUUUGCCCUGGUGGUGAUGCGCGUAAAAUCACCUAAAGUAAGAUUGGAGGACAUCAAUGUCAUCACCAAAGGGAAUGACAACAUCAGGCUCAAUGCACAAGUCAGGAUAAAGAAUACUAAUUUUGGGCGUUACAAAUUUGAUAGCAGCAUAGCUACUUUGACCUCAGGAGGUGUAUCGGUGGGAGAAUUUGUGAUCCCUGAUGGGCGGGCCAGAUUGAAAUCCACCAAGACAUACUAUGUUGUUGUGGAUGUUACUAGCCCUUCAAGCUCUGGCAGAGGUGGCUCUAAUUCUGGACUGCUGCAACUGAACGCUAAGGCUGAGUUGACUGGAAAAGUCGAAUUCCUGCUGGUGUUGAAGAAGAAAAAAUCUGCAGAAAUGGAUUGUACCAUGUCGGUUAAUUUGUCAACAAAUUUUGUCCAGGACCUCACAUGCCAGUGAGGGCUUUGCUCAAGAGCAUUCUUUUUGUAAAAAGCUUGUUUAGCUCGUCUGCUGCCUGUGAAAAUGCUUCCUCAUCCUUGUUUUUUUCACUCUGUGUUUUUACUAUGAAAUUCACGUUUUAGGUUAGUUUUUGUCAGUCACUUGAACUCUUCUUGGUCUUGAACUACUAUUAUUUACUUCCACCUUCACAUCUUGUGAACUUUUGAUAUUGUAACAGCUGCAAAAACUUUUGUGACACCAUUGAGAAUGAGAUUCUCUGCGGUGAUUCAUACAUGUAUACAUGUGUAUAUAUAUAUAUAUAUAAAGCAGUUUGGUGAUCA